CGCGCCACGACCGAAAGGCCGGCUUGAAUACAAGGAAUGAACAACGACUAACAGAAGUGACAGAAGGAAAGAAAGUGGUGGCAGUUUGUGUCUGUAGUUCCCACAUCACAAACAAGAUCUGCAUCAGGGCCGUCUAUUGGAUGGGCUCCUGAAGAUGUCGACGCUUAUAACCAUCAGAGAGGCCUCUCUGAACGGAAACGGCGGUGACUACUCUCCCGCCAAGGAGAAAGCAGCGAAUCGCGGCGUCUAUGGCGCUCGCUCGCCUCUGCUCCACCGCCGCCUCCGGCUCUUGGUCGGCGGCGCCAAGUACAAACUAAUCCUCUUGUUCUUCCUCGUGACAGCCGCAUAUUUGCUUAGUUCCAAGAUCUCGCCUUUCAUGGGAUGGAACCCUCAUUACCCUUCCUCCGUCUCUUCUCCUUCUAGGGGUGGGUACACGGUUCUUAUCAACACUUGGAAGAGAAAUACUCUACUUAAGCAGUCUGUUGCUCACUAUGCAUCCUGCCAAGGUACUGAUGCGAUACAUGUAGUUUGGAGUGAAGUUGAUCCACCUUCAUAUAAGCUAAGAGAUUAUCUUAAAAAGAUGGUGCAGAAGAAGUCACAGACAGCUCAUAAACCCAACUUAAGGUUUGAUCUGAACGAGGAAGAUAACCUGAAUAAUAGAUUCAAGCCAAUUCAGGAUCUUAGGACUGAUGCUAUAUUCUCAGUGGAUGAUGAUGUAAUUGUUCCAUGUCGAACGCUGGAUUUCGCAUUCACUGUAUGGCAAACUGCUCCGCUUACGAUGGUGGGAUUUGUUCCUCGUAUGCAUUGGCUGGAUGAGGAGAAUGACGUAGUCCACUACAGAUAUGGAGGAUGGUGGUCUGUUUGGUGGAUGGGCACUUAUAGUAUGGUUCUCUCUAAAGCUGCAUUCUUUCAUAAGAAGUACUUGGAAUUGUAUACCAAAAAGAUGCCGUCAUCAAUUCAUGAUUAUGUAAGCAGGGAAAGAAAUUGUGAAGACAUAGCAAUGUCUCUUCUAGUUGCCAAUGCCACUGGGGCUCCUCCGAUAUGGGUUAAAGGCAAGAUAUAUGAAAUCGGUUCGUCAGGUAUAAGCAGUCUCAAGGAUCACAGUGACAAGAGAAAUAAAUGCCUAAAUGACUUUGUUUCUUUAUAUGGAGCAAUGCCUUUGGCAUCAACGAAUGCAAAAGCUGUGGAUGCAAGAUAUGAAUGGUUCUGGUAAAUUUUGGUCGUUUUCAGUUGGCACCACAUCAUUUUCCAGUUCUAUUAUCGUGUCAUGUAUCAGUUUGCUAAUUUAUAUGAUCCGGCACACUCCCACUUUCCCUCUUUCUACCACAGCUUUUGUAAAGUUUUCACGAUGUAGCUACACCUUUUGUGCGACUUUGAUCACUGGAUGUCGAGCAGAAUAUGCGAUUCUUUUAAUUAUGAUCCAUAUGCCUAGAGACCUUGAUAUUAAUCAGAAGUAUGCAUUCAAAGUUUUA